CACACAGCUGAUUUCACAUGUGGCUUGGCUGCCUAUCGCGCGCUCGCUCCGCGCUGCCUUUACGUGAAAAUGCCGGCAACUAUCGGAUUGUUCCAAUGAAGUGCAUGUGAUUAUUUUCUCAUUUUUAAAUUGAGACAUCGAACUCAUUUACUGACGAGAACUUUGGAUACCGCUCUACACGAUAUUCUUUUAUAGCGGAUGCGUGGCUGGCCAGUAAUUCGUGAGCCAUGCGGAGUGACAUGGCGUAUCGUGGCCUCUCUCAACAUGUAGAGCUGGACCGGGCCGCCGACCCUCGAGAGAGGUUCUCACUACAGGAGCUCAUCGGGGAGGGCACCUAUGGAGAGGUGUACUGCGCCAGGGAUAAGAAAUCCGGCAAGAGAGUCGCUGUUAAGAUAUUGGAGAACAUAGCGGAAAAUAUAGAGGAAAUUGAGGAAGAAUUUCUCGUUUUUAGAGAUUUGUCGAGUCAUCCUAAUAUACCUGAAUUCUUUGGAUUAUUUCUGAAACGAGGACUCAAUUCGGACGACGAUCAAAUAUGGUUCGUGAUGGAGCUAUGUACCGGAGGCUCUGUGACGGACCUGUGCGCUGGAAUGCGGGCGCACGGAAACAGCCUCACCGAGCCACAACUCGCCUACGUAUUGAGAGGAACAGUGCGCGCUCUCACACAUCUUCACGCUCACCGGUGCAUGCAUCGUGACGUCAAAGGACACAAUAUACUGUUGACUGAAGACGCCGAAGUCAAGCUGGUCGAUUUUGGAGUAUCCUCACAUUUGGCGGCGACAGCGGCACGACGGAAUACUUCUGUUGGAACUCCUUAUUGGAUGGCCCCAGAGGUGAUAGCAUGUGAACAGCAACUAGACGAGUCAUACGACUGCCGCUGUGAUGUGUGGUCUGUUGGUAUCACUGCUAUCGAACUCGCCGAAGGGGAGCCUCCUCUAUCUGGGCUACAUCCAAUGAGAGCUCUAUUCCAAAUCCCCCGAAACCCACCUCCUACUCUGGUACACCCUGAAGCAUUCUCACCUCAUCUUGUAGAUUUUAUUGCCGAUUGUUUAAUUAAAGACAUGAACCAAAGACCAUUCGCCAGAGAGUUAUUGGAACAUCCUCUACUCUUAGCCGUUAGCAGUUUCGAAGACAAGAUUCGAAAAGAGCUGCAAGCGGAAAUCAAAAGACAAAGGGCUGAAGGUCGCGGCAGCAGAGCUCCGGAAGCUACCACCAAAAGGGGGAAACUGAAGUCCCAUAGGAAGGCCCGGCCUGAAAAAAUGUACACAGACGACCUUGCAAGCCUCGAGGUUUUGACCGAGGAUGCCAUCGUAGAACAACUUCAGAAAAGAUAUACACAGAAUCACAUUUACACUUACAUAGGAGACAUAUUAGUCGCUGUCAAUCCAUUUACUGAUAUAGGAAUUUAUACCUCCAAGACUCAGCAGAUCUACCAAGGGCGAUGUCGGUCGGACAACCCGCCUCAUAUCUAUGCUGUUGCGGAUGCGGCCCAUCAGGCGCUGAUGCAUCAGAAAGUGCACCAAGCCAUCGUGAUAUCUGGGGAAAGUGGGGCUGGAAAGACUGAAUCUGCCAAUUUGCUGUUGAAGCAGCUCGUAUUUUUAUCGAAGACGCAAAAUCGCAACUUGGAGGAAAAGAUACUCCAAGUGAACCCGAUAAUGGAGGCCUUUGGGAACGCCCGCACGGGAAUCAACUCAAACAGUUCUCGGUUCGGGAAGUACCUGGAUCUAGCGAUGAUGAGAGUCGGCAGGAUCGCCGGCGCGAGGAUUUCUGUUUACCUUUUGGAACAGUCCCGGGUCGUCCAUCAGGCUUUGGGAGAAAGUAAUUUUCACGUGUUCUACUACCUUUACGACGGGCUGGAAAGCGAAGGUCGUUGGAGAAAGUUCUACCUUGACGAACAACUUAAAUCCAGGCACAGAUACUUACAGCCUCUGUCAGCGGUUCACAGGGAGCAUAAUGUGCAUCGGUGGAGGCAGCUUAAUCAGGCUUUCAAGGUAGUCGGGUUUCAAGAGGAAGAAGUGCAGAUUAUAUACAAAAUGUUAGCGGCCAUCUUGCACCUUGGCGACAUAGAAUUUGGUGAAAUGGCUGGUGAAGACAACGCUGACAACAGAGCGACGAUCAUUGACUCCGCUCCUUUGCAUAGAGCAUCGUGUCUCCUUGGCGUCGAAACCAUAGAUCUUCGCGAAUGUCUAACCAGCAGCAGUGUGGUAGCCAGGGGCGAAACUAUCGCGCGACAUAGUUCUCCCACUGAAGCCGCAGUAGCGAGAGACGCCACAGCAAGAGGUCUUUAUGCCAGAGCGUUCGAUAGAAUCGUUGAAAGGAUCAAUGCCUUACUCUGCCAGAAUAGACCUGCAAAUGAGCAACUCUCGAUUGGCAUCCUAGACAUCUUCGGCUUCGAGAACUUUGCAAGAAAUUCGUUUGAACAACUUUGUAUCAAUAUUGCCAACGAACAAAUCCAGUAUUAUUUCAACCAACACAUCUUCACGUGGGAACAACAGGAGUAUAUGGCAGAAGGGGUUCCUGUGGAUCUUGUGGAGUUUUCCGACAACAGACCAGUGUUGGACAUGCUUUUGUCCAGGCCUAUGGGUUUAUUGGCUUUACUCGAUGAAGAAAGUCGAUUCCCUCGAUCUACAGAUAGGAGUCUCAUUGAAAAAUUCCACAACAACGUAAAGAGCAAAUACUACGUGCGCCCGAAGUCCGACGCCGUGUGCUUCGCGAUCCAGCACUUCGCGGGGCGCGUGGUGUACCAGGCGGCCGGCUUCCUCGACAAGAACCGCAACUUCCUGCCGCCGGAGGUCGUGCAGCUCAUGCGCCAGAGCCAGUACGACGUCAUCCGGUUCUUGUUUCAGUGCCCCAUUACGAAAACCGGCAAUUUGUACUCGCCGCUGCAAGGCGAUGUGGAAUCUAGGAGUUUGGAGAGUCCUAACAGUGAUACUAGGGAUCGCUUCAAUAGCCGCGGCCUGGCGUCUCAGUCCCGAGCCCAGCAAACAGUGGCCACAUACUUCCGCUACUCCCUCAUGGAGCUCCUCCAGAAGAUGGUGAGCGGCACCCCGCAGUUCGUUCGGUGCCUCAAACCCAACGAUUCCCGUUCGCCGAAGCACUUCGACUCCGCGAAGAUACUCAAACAACUGCGGUACACUGGAGUUUUGGAAACGAUCAGAAUUAGACAGAAUGGAUUUUCACACCGGUUGACGUUUGAGGAGUUUUUAAAAAGAUAUGGCUUCCUGGCCUUCAGCUAUGAUGAGGAUAUGAAACCUAGUCGUGAUACUUGUAGAAUUCUACUCAUGAGAUUAAAAAUGGAUGGAUGGGCGUUGGGCAAAUCCAAAGUCUUCUUAAAAUAUUAUCAUGUUGAGGUUCUGGCCAGAAUUUAUGAAGAACAGAUAAGAAAAAUAGUACUAGUCCAAGCGUGCGUCCGCGGCUGGGUGGCGCGGCGUCGCUGCCGCCAGCUGCGGGCGCGGCGCGCCGUGUCGGCGCUGACGCUGCAGCGGCACGUGCGCGGCUGGCUCACGCGCCGCCGCCUGCGCGAGCGCCAGCGCGCGCUGGCGCUCGAGUUCCACACGCAGCAGGACGGCCAGAGGAAACACCUCAAACCUGGUAAUAAGAUGAAAGCUUUGAUGAAAGCCCAAGUCCUGCAGCGGAUGACGUCGGACGAGAGCGACAGCAACGAGACCAGCGGGAACAAGGAGAAUGUCGACACCAACCGCGCCGCCGUCGUCAUCCAGAGCCAUUUCCGCGGCUACACGGCGCGCCGCAACUGGGCCAAAGGUCGCGCGCCGCCGCCGCCGCACCCGGCGCCCACGCCGCAGCUCAUGCAGCACUACUCGGUCCAGGAGAGGGCUGCACAGCUCCAUGCUUUUGCUGACCAGGUGCACAACAAGAACCAGGAGGUGCACAAGAGCCUGCGACGCAACAAGCCGGGCGUGCGACUGCAGGCGGUGGCGCGGCCGCCGGCCGAGUACCGCGCGCCGCCCGGCUUCACGCUCGUGCCCGCACUCGCGCGCGCGCGGCCCAGCGCGCUCGAGCGCGACGCCAGCAGGCUCUCGAGUCCAUCGCCCGAGUUUCUGGAGAGCCCGGCGCGGCCUUGGGAUGAACCGCUUCUGAAUAGAAAAGACAUUGUGAUCAAACAUUACAGAUAUCAGCAAAGCAACGAUCAGUGCUCCCACCGCCACCUGCAGCAGAACCAGAACCUGCAGAACCGGCCGUGCAGCCGCCAGUGCAGCGGCCUCGUCAGCAACAAAAUCAAUGAGCUCGUGAGGAACUCCCAAAAAGCUGAACUCGGUCCACGGCCCGUGUACAACCUUUCGCACGACCCCGAGUCGGACCUGCGCAAGAUCCUGCGCAACUCGCCCGAAAUCCUCGCCACGCCGGUAUUCAGUUCCGACGAUGACUACACAGAGGGCCCUUUCCGUUUCAAGCAGUUACUCCGACCCACCCUGGGCCCCACCGAAAGCCUGCGCAAGCGCAAAGUCCGCAACUCACCCGGACAAAGCCCCUGGCUGUCCGACAGCUCCCAGGACAGCACGAGCUCCAGACAAGCUAUGUAUAAUAAACGCCGUCCCCAAAUCAGCAUGGGAGUUUAUUAUAAUUAGUAUCGACAUCUCAUAGUAUAUUCUCGAAACCCCUUGUAAUAUGACACUUGUCAUCCAAGUGCCUCAUUUACUUUGUAAAAAUGUUAUGAGUGUUUAGUAUUACGAAUAUCCACCUUUAUUGAAGUAGUGUUUCAUUGUUAUUUCUACUAUUCAGAUUUAUAUAUUCCAUGUAAAAGCAAUUAUGUACCAAAGUCAUAUAAUUAAUGUUUAGUCUAAGAUAAAUAAAAAAAUAUCUUUUUACUCUCAUAAUUAAAAUAUGGUUUAUUCUCUUGCAGUAUUACUAAUCAUUAUUGUUGUAAAAAUAUUUGUUUACAGAUGGAAUUAUUUAAUUAGAUCUCGAAAAAGAAUAAAUUUAUUUUGCCAUCAUAUAUGAAUUUAGAUCAUUGACAACUUUUGUGAUAAUGUGCCAAUGAUUACCGUUAAGUUAAGUUAAGUUGUCAAUAAAAAAUCAGUGUAGUUGUCAAAAUUUUAUUCGAAUUAAAAAAUAUUG